CCGCACCCAUCUCCACUCAUCUCCUGUAUGGCCACACCCAUCUCCUGUAUGGUCACACCCAUCUCCUGUAUGGUCACACCUACACCUCUCAUCCUAUAUAAUCCUGAGCCGGGCCAUACCUGAUACAGGACCCGACGACUACGACUACCCCACACAGGAAACUGAUAAAGUCUUGGUGAUCAUGGGGCCGUCCUCUGCAUUCCUUCUGGCCCUAAUUGGUGCCUCCUUCAUACUAAUAAAUGCUGGACCAGUCACUGACCCUCAAUGCCCAGGAACACAUGAAUAUAACUCCUGUGGGUCGGCCUGCCCAGCAAACUGCAGCCACCCCAUCCCCCCUCCGUGUAUUGCGAUGUGUGUGAAGGGGUGUUUCUGCAAGAAGGGCUACUUGGCGCAUGGAAAUGGAGGCUGCGUCAAAGAAGAGGAAUGCAGAGCUUGUACGGGGAACAAAGCGUACACCAGCUGCGGGAGCGCCUGUCCCGCGACGUGCAGCAACUGGAAGAAAAACCGCGUCUGCACCCUGCAAUGUGUCAGCGGGUGUUUCUGUAAGCCCGGAUUUGUGAUCCUGAGUGAGGGGGGUGAAACCCGCUGCGUCCAUCCCGGGGAUUGCCCCUCUGCUAAAAAACAAUGAACGGUGGAUUACAGGAGGAUGCUAAUAUAAAUACAGGCUCUGGUAUUUAUACUACAGUGUAAUUAUUUGUAACAAUAAAUAUGCAAAUAAAAAAA